GGUAAAGGGAGUGUGUAUUCACUACAAAAGCUUCCCAGGACGGAGCAGGCAGGGAGGCUUCGGCUGGAAUAUUUCCUACGUAUCUGCUUUGUGUAUGAAUGAGCUGGUUUGACUCCUUUGUGACUCUACAGCAUGGUGGGACUCUCCUCUGGUGCUCCUGAGGCAAUGGACACGCUGGUGAGUGAGCUGGGCGUGCUGCUGAAGAUGCUGGACCAGGAGAACCUCAGCUCCUCCACGCAGGAGAAGAAGACGUCCGUGUGGAACCUCCUGCAACAAGUCCAGCCUUCAGGGUCGGGAACAGAUUACAUCUACGUGAACUCCUCCGUGUACAGAAAUGGCACCAGCUUUGUGGAGUCUCUCUUUGACACGUUUGACUGUGAGCUUGGAGACUUGAAGGAUGUCACAGAUGACCCGAAAGAAGACAAGAAAACGCAACCCGACUCUUUAAAAAAACAGAGCGGUGCAGACUCCCCCCCCGCCCCACACUCGCCCCACUCCCCUCCUCCGCUGCCCACCACGCUCCCUCCAGAGGAGUACUACGAGGAGGCAGUGCCCCUCAGCCCCGGCACGAUGCCCGAGUACAUCCUCGCACGAGGGAAGCCCAGCCCGCCCAACUCGAUAGAAGAUGGUUACGAAGACGCUGAAAACCACUACCCGACCACCUGCAUAAACUCACAACGUAAAAACUCCUACAAUGACUCGGACGCUCUGAGCAGUUCCUAUGAGUCGUACGAGGAGGACGAGGAGGAGAGGAGCCCUGGAGUCCGGCUGACUCACCAGUGGCCGUCGGACGAGAGCUCCAUGCCUCCUGCCAGAGACUGUCGCAUCUGUGCUUUCCUGCUGCGGAAGAAACGCUUCGGCCAGUGGGCCAAACAACUCACGGUUAUACGGGAGAACAGAUUACAGUGCUAUAAGAGCUCUAAGGACCCGUGCCCCUAUGUGGACCUGCUGCUGCCUCAGUGCACCGUUGUCUACGUGCCUAAAGACAGCAAGAGAAAGCACCACGAGCUUCGCUUUACCUUACCCAACGGGGACGGGAUCGUGCUGGCGGUGCAGAGCAAGGAGCAGGCCCACCGAUGGCUGACGGUCGUCAGGGAAGCCAGCGGUCAGAGUGCGGGACCCGAGGAAACGGCAUCGCCCGUCACUCCGAGGAAAACUGACCCCGACAAGAGGUUGUCUGCGGAGAGGAACACGUCGGACUCAGACAGCGUGGGCGUGUCGGCGGGAGAGAACAAGGAGAACGGUAAGGUGAAAAAGGGCCCCUUUUCUGCGGGCCGUAAGAUCACACGCAUCAUCAGCUUCUCCAAGAAGAAGUGCUCCCGGCCGGGCGACUCGCGGACGGCCUUUAGCGACCCCCGACAAGGCUACCUGGCGGUGCUGGUGAACCAGGUGUGGCGGGAGCACUGGUGCUGCGUCUGCAGGGGGUCCCUGCACUUCUGUCCUGACAGGGGGGACUCGCGGGCCUCCAAGCCCUCCCUGCCCCUGCUCGGCUGCGACGUCGUUCCAGGACUCGGACCCAAACACCCCUUUGCUUUCCGCAUCCUGCGGAGCGGCGUGGAGGUGGCUGCUCUCGAGGCGAGCAGUUCUGAGGAGCUGGGCCGCUGGCUGGGCGUGCUCCUGGCUGAAACGGGCUCUGCCACGGACCCGGAGUCUCUGCACUACGACUACGCCAACGUGGACGCCAUCGCCAACAUCCGCGACGCCGCGCGGCAUUCCUUCCUGUGGGCCACCUCCUCCGGCAGCGCCUCCACAGACUCCAGGACGUACGACGAGGUCCCUAACGAGGACAUUAAGUUAAGGGAGAACCGCAAGCAGCAAUCUGGGAAUCAAGGGAAGCGGCGCUCCAGUUUCUCCAGCAGCGACUCAGACAGAACCAAGCCGCUCGUCUCCCUCAAGAGAACGGGCUCCAAUGCCAACCAGUAUGGAAGAUAUGGGAAAACGCGAGCAGAGGAGGAUGCCAAGCGUUACCUGAGAGAGAAAGAGGAGCUGGAAGGAGAGAGGGAUGGGAUACGGAACACGCUUGUGACCCUCCGGCGGCAGAAGCGGGAGCUGAAGGACGAGCUGAAGACGAGCUCUGACAAGAGGAAGUUGUUCCUGAACAAGCGUGUGUUGGAGCUGGAGGAGGCGUGCCGGGUGAAGGAGGCUGAGAGAGUGGACCUGGAGCUCCGGCUCACGCAGGUCAAAGAAAACCUGAAGAAGAGCCUGGCAGGCGGAGCGCUGGGCGCCCCGGUGGAGGGCAAGCCCCCGGUCACGCCCUCUAGGAAAAAGAUCCAGAAUAUCUACAGCGAUUCUUUACCAGUGAACUGCGCCGCAGAGAUGCGGAAGAGACCUCCGCCCGUCUAUGCCUCCUCUACUGGAACCGUCAUGCAGAAAGCAAAGGAAUGGGAGUCGAAGAAAGGAACCUAGAAGGGGAUUAUUGGACAGGACUGAAGACUAAAAGGAUAUCAGGGUGUGACUUCAAGAAAAACCCACCAUUUGUGCCAAGGACAUAUUUAAACUAAUAAAAAAAUCAAGAACCAACCAUCAGCCACUAGGUGGAGGUAGAGUCUUGAAUAUCUUCUCUUCAGGACUGCUUGGAUCAUGUUAGUGUUCACGCCCUGUAUCCAAGUCCUUUCACUGCCUGGAGUAGCACCGUUUAAAAUAUGGACAGACGCAAAGCAAGGACACGUAGUUCAUGAAAGAAAAGCGCAAGACAAGUGUAUUAAGAGCAGAGGGAGUGCAUCAAAUGUGCCUUUGCAAAGUAGAGAGUGUGAAACGUUGGACUGUUCACGAGCCUGCAAACCUCAGAAAUGUGAUGUGUUGUUGGAGAAGAGGGUGAAAAGUAGUUCUUACUUUAACGGGCCUUUUUAUAUGACACAGUGUUUUUAUUCUGCUUGUACAUAGUGAUCUGUGACUACUGUUUUCUAUGUUUUCUACUUUUUAUACAGUGAUUCAGUUUUCAUCAUGCAACCCUUUCAGCAGUGUGCAAAAGUUUAGGGCACUUAAAGUGUUUUUUAUUUAUUAUUUUCUUCAUACAACGCCACACUACCAUGAUGAAAACCAAACCAAGUGACAGUUUUCCAAGGCGAUACACUAGGCAGGUACUGUAUGUUGCUAAAUUUCAGACUUAACUCCAGACAGACUCUCUGAUCUUUAACCUUAUGUUGCAGAAUUGGUUUUCUUUCUCUUCUUAUUGUUUCUAUUUUCAAAAAGCCUGGCCAGACCUCCUAAUUCUGUCCUGUGGAUACUAAGAAUUAGUCUGGCUCCUCUGGAUUCAACUGUGAUUGCUGUUGCAUACGACCGAUUAGAGAAACGCGGCACGUGCAACAACCAGACUAGUAUCAACAAAGGAAUAGUGUUGCGAUUGGUUUUGGUAUGUUUUGCACCAGUGGAAACGGCUGUUAACGAGAGGAGAACCAGGUCCAUUUGGACCAAGUAUAUAAGUAUGGCAGGCCAGACUAAUUUUAAAUGACUGCAUUUCUUGACUAAACAGGUGUCUGAAACUUGUGCACAUUCCUCUUCCAGACAUGGAAGAGGAAUGAAUCUGUGCUAUUCAUCUGUGUUACUUGGAAAGUACAGCUUUAUCUAUAGCUGGUGUAAAUAUUAACUUUUCCACUUUCCGCAUUUGAUCCAAAUAGAAAUGUUAACAUCCAGUCAGAGUUUUAAUAUUACUAUUCUAGAUAAUUCAAUCACUAACAAAGUUUUGCAAAUCAAUAUUUUUCAGUUAAGAAAAUGGUCAGUUGUCUUUUUUUUUUACACCUUAGCUGAACCUGUGGUUGACUUUUGCACUUUAUGCACCCGGAUGAGGGACUAAUAAAUGUCCCCCUUACUGUCCAAACAGACCACACAAUGGCAUUCUUUCCCAACACGACAUCCCCCUCACACAGUCACUUUUUUAUUUUAAUUGCACACUGAAUUUCUUAAAGUAAAUAUACAGAAAUUUGUCUCAAAUGACGCAUUACAAAC